UAUUUCUAUAUUUUCCCCCUUACAAACUACUGCAGAUAUGGGAACAUGGCCUUGUAUGAGCUUGACAUGUGUCCGUGAGGGUUGUCAUCAUGAAUUUUGUAGCAGGUGAUGUUGAACCCAUUUAUAAAGAGCAGCUCUUCAUCACACCAUGAGACCACUGACCAUCUUCUGCUGUGGGGACCAAGGAAACCUGUUUCAGCACCAUGGUUAACGGACGGAUCGUUCUCAUUGCUGCUGCUUCUGCCCUGUCUUUUAUUCUCACAAACUGUGAUGACUCACUUGAGGGUCGCUCUUUGGAGAGUGCCACAAAAACACAGGAGGAGAACAAUCUGAUAAAGGCACUGCAAGAGGUUCUUGAGAAGUUAAAGAAUAAACAACUGCCACAAACUGGAAAAAAGUUUAGCCUACUUCCUUCGUGUGAUGCAGGUGAGGAGUGUGCAGUACGUAAAGGUACAAGAGUUGGCAAGUUAUGCGGCUGUCCACAAGGAACAUCAUGCCACUUUUUUAUUUUGAAAUGCCUUAAAUGAGACAAAGGAUAUCUGGGAGAAAAAUCUUCAAUUUGUCCUGAUGCUGUUUUGCCUUUUACUUCUGAUGUAGUAUUAUAAUUUAGUUUUUUCAUAUUACUGUUGUGUAAAAUGAAUGGAAGUUCAAAAUAAAGUCAUUAACUAUGGUUUA